CGGAAGCGGAAGCGGGGCCCGCCCUUCCGCUCGGUGCCCUUGUGCUGCCCGGACGAUGGCGGCGCCGCUGCUGCGGGCCGCGCUGCUGGGCCCCCGCGGGGCCUCCCGGGCUCUGGGCCCGGCCCUGCUCCGCGCUCCCGCUCUGGCCGCCGCCGAUCGCAGCCUCCCGGCCCGGCGCGGACACAGCUCCGCCCCGCAGGGGAGUUCCAAGGCUGCAUCUUUGCACUGGACAGGUGAGAGAGCUGUCAGUGUCCUCCUGCUGGGCCUCCUUCCUGCAGCCUAUCUGUACCCUGGACCAGCCAUGGACUAUUCCCUGGCUGCAGCCCUCACCCUCCACGGCCACUGGGGUCUGGGCCAGGUGAUAACUGACUACGUCCAUGGAGACACAGCCAUCAAGGUGGCCAACUCAGGUCUCUACGUGCUGUCAGCUGUCACCUUUGCUGGCCUCUGCUACUUUAAUUACUCUGAUGUUGGCAUCUGCAAGGCUGUGGCCAUGCUGUGGAGCCUCUGAGAUGCCUCCCAGGCCCUGACCAGCACGAUUGUUCUCUGCUGCCUCUGCUCCAUCGUGUUUUCACCAACAUGUUUCAUGCAAAACGAAUCAGUAACCAAUGGUCCGUGCUGCCUGUCUCCUGCAGCAAGGUCAGAGCUAGUCUUUUGGAAAGAAAUACCAGUAAAAAUGUUAGGAAAAGAAAAAGCAGAUUUAAAAAUGGGGUGGUGUCCAGGUGAGAGUUGAGUUGAUUUAAGCUGCCACUGUAACUUGGGAGGAAUUAAUGACAUUGACAGCAGACUCCAAUAGCUGAAGGUAACUUUCCUGGUAAAGGCAGCUUUAAUGAAUGUUUUUUUCUAAAAUAACUGUUGUUUGGUUUCUUCUUUUGUAAAACCAACUUGACUCGCAGGAAAUUGACCAGUUAUUUCUGGCAUCACAGCAGCUCUAUGUAAGGCACACCUUGUCACUCUUUGGACCCUGAGACUUGAUGUAGAAAAGGGAAUAACUUUUUUUCUUAAUCCACGCAAUAAAGAAUUUACAGAAA